AUGGGCAUGGAGCCUUUUGGUGGAAGGUCUAAUCCUAUUGAUGCUGACCAUUGGAGGAAGAGAUUGGAGAGGAAUUUUGAUAAUGCUAGGUGUCCGCAUGAGUACCGCAUGGACUUGGCAGUGCAGUAUCUGAAGGAUGAGGCAUUGGUAUGGUGGGAGAAGGUGGUAGACCAGGCACAGGGACGAUAUGAGCUGACUUGGGCGGAUUUCAAGACCGAAUUCUCAAGGAAGUAUUUUCCCAGAGAGGCUAUGGAUCGUAUGGAGGAGGAGUUUCUGGAACUUUGUCAGGGCACCAUGACUGUGAGGCAGUAUGACAGGGAGUUUGAUCGACUGAGCAGGUUUGCUGGCAGAUUUAUGAAUGAGGAAGAGUUGAUUCGCAGGUUUCUGAGGGGUUUGAGGAUUGAGCUCAAGAAUCGAUGUGAGAUGUAUGACUACCGCAGUAAGAUUGACCUGGUGGAGAAAGCUGCUAAUUUGGAGAUUGGGUUGGAAAAGGAGGUGAGUCAGAACAAGGCAGCACAAGCGAGACUUGCAAAGGGUUCUAGCUCUAAUAAGAGGACUUGGGAUACAACAACUGUGAGAACUCCCUUGAUGUGUUACGAAUGCAACCAGGCAGGUCAUCUUCAGAGAGAUUGUCCUCGAGUUAUGGCAAAAAGAAAGUGUUAUGAGUGUGGACAAGCAGGACAUAUUGCAAGAUUUUGUCCGCGGAAAUUUGGGAGGAAACCGGCUGAGAAUCGUCUUAGAGAGCAAUUGCCGCCACCUCCAAAACGUCAAAAUGUUGGACCUCGUGUGAUGAUGGCUGAGACCGAGGAGGAUGAGGAUAAUGAGCCGAUUGCUGGAUCGGUUUUACUGGGAGGCUGGAAUGCUUACACUCUAUUUGAUACUGGAGCUACCCUCAGUUGUGCAAAGAAGAUUGGUACUGUGGGAAAGGAGAAAUUGGGGUCUACCGGAGUUGACAAGGAUGUCCCUAUUAUGAUAAACGGAGAAGUAAUGCUCGGGAAUCUGGCAGAAAUGGAAAUUAAUCAUUAUGACAUGAUUCUUGGAAUGAAUUGGUUAAGGAAGCACAAAGCUGUACUGGAUUGCCACAGAGCUCGUGUAUAUUUCUCAAGGCCGGAGGGGAAGAUAACAUUUCAAGGCGUAAAAAUGGGUGAAGGGGUUUUUGUUAUAUCCAUGAUGAAAGCAGAGGAGCUUAUAGAGAAAGGAAGUGAAGCUUUUCUAGCUACUAUUUCUGUAGUGGGGGAGGAGAUGGAACUCGGAGUUGAUAAUAUUCCUAUAGUGGCAGAGUAUGCAGACGUCUUUGAGUCUUUAAAAGGACUGCCACCAAGCAGAGGAGAUGCCUUCACUAUUGAAUUAGAGCCUGGGACGGCACAUGUAUCACGAGCACCUUACCGUUUGGCACCUGCAGAAAUGGCAGAGUUGAAGGGUCAUUUGGAGGACCUUACAGAUAAAGGGUUCAUUCGGCCGAGUAGUUCAUCGUGGGGAGCACCAGUGCUAUUUGUGAAAAAGAAAGAUGGAGCAUCAGACUUUGCAUUGAUUACCGGGAAUUGA